AUGAUCGCGUAUGGUACUACACCGAUCGACCUGUACUUAGUUCCUUACGUGUUUGCUGGCUACAAGCCGGGUCAAGCACGAUUCAUCCUAUCGUCUUCAGUUGGUGUCAAGAAUUGGAGAGACGCCAAGCUGCCUCUCGACCCCGGCAUCGCACACGGUGACCUUCCGUCCCCGACAUUCGAGAGCCUCACUCCCCGCGCAGAAGGUCUCCAAUAUAAACUCGAAACAGAGCCAAUGGAGAAAGGAAAGGAAUCAGUUCUAUCUGAAGCUUCUUCACCCUUCGACAGGACGGACGCUGAUGUAAUCUUGCAAUCGUCCGACGAAGUGCAAUUCCGCGUCCAUCGAGUCAUCCUUGCUCUAGCGUCCCCCGUCUUUGCCGAUAUGUUUGGCUUACCGCCACCUCGAGCCCCUGACGGCACGACAAUGGAGGCCAUCCAGACCGUAUAUAUUACAGAGUCAAGCCAUGUCCUACGCAUUCUGCUGGACAUGUGCUACCCCGUUACCAACGUGCAAUUCUCCUCUCUCGACGACGUACACGCCGUCUUGAAGGCAGCAGUGAAGUACGAUAUGUCCAAAGUCAUUGCACUCGCAUACAGAGCGCUAUCGACCUUCAUAUCCAAGUCAGCUAUGCGAGUCUACGCUAUCGCAUGCCAGCUCGGCGCGGAGGAUGUGGCCAGAGAGGCCGCUCCGCACGCAGCCAUACAGGAACUAGUUCCAGGAAAUUAUAAGGCGGAAUUCGAGGGCAUGCCUGCUGGUUGCUUACACCGGCUCUGGGAACAUAUGCGUACAGACACCCAACAGGCGUCCUACUGCUACCCUGAACAGCUAAGGGAUCAGACGGAUACAAACGAAUCGCUGUCUCGCGUCAACUCGGCCACAUUCCUCCCCGACGCUCCAAAUGCUGACUUAACAAUUGUCACGUCAGACAAUGUGCAACUUCGCGUAUGCCGGCAGACAAUUUCGCUCUGCUCUCCUGUCCUCAAGGACAUGCUUGAGCUCACAACGUGCGACUCAUCAAGCACAUCUGGAGGUGACAUGAGCGAUUGUGGGCGUACUGCCGGAGCGACGUUGUCUGUCCCGGAAGACAGCAUUACUUUCGUACCGACUCUGCUGCUCAGUUAUCCUACGGGAACGCCAGAGAUGAAUGCCACUCAGCUUGUUUCCUUACUUCCAACCGCUGAGAAGUAUGGGAUGCAAAGGGCGAUCUGGUUCAUCAAGAGACAAUGGCCCGAAUUCGCUAGGAAUCAGCAGGCCUGCUCAAUAAAUUUCUUGUUCAUGCGUACAUCCGACGAGAUCCGCAGCAUAUACGUGCCGGAGCUGGAAACAUCCACUGCGGGGCUAUAUUAUCGCCUACUUCAGUACCAUGAGAGACGUGGGGAAAUCAUUCAUGGCAGCGGUCCCCGAAGUUGGCCGUCUUUGAAUGUGAAGGGAGCAAGUUGUCCAUAUUGUAUGAAGAACGGUCGGCCAUCAUGGAUGCCUCCUUGGAUACACGAGGCUGUGGUGAUACUGCGACAACGGCCGUCACCAUGCACGAUCAAUGAUGUUGAAGGGCAAGCGUUCCAGGCUUUGCUAUCGGUGGCAAUGUCAAGGUGUUCAAACUGCAAACGCAACGCCGUGAGCUUGCGCAAGCUGUGGAUGAGGAGUGGGCCACUGUACCCUUCGUGCUGGAAUAAAAAAGCGACGGGCGACGAGGAAACACCUUUUGGCGGCAGCGUCGUGGAAUACAACCGCGAGGAAAGCGGAAGCUACCUUCGCGCGCAUAAUGAAGUCUGA